AUGUUGGUGACGCUUCAACUCAAUAUAAAUACUCGUCGACAUAGACAGACAGGUCUUGGACUCCCCACGAAUACAGCAGUCCCCAAAAAACGUCGAGAGAUCUCUCCUGCUCAAGUUAUUAGUAUGUUCUUGGAAGAAGUCUUGGAACCUACUCCCAAGAAAUCACGAUCUCGUCGAUCCACUAGUCCAAGGGCUGUUCAACGACGAAGAUUAUCUCAGCGUAACCACCGGCGAAGAGCAAAAGAGAGCAGCGAGGCUACCAAGACACUACAAUACACAGGCGGAGACGAAGGCGAAGGCGAAGGCAUAAACUCAGAAAAGCUUACGGUAGCCAUGUCUGAUAACAGCACAAUGCAGCAAGGUUGUGGCCCCGACCCGUCCCAAAACCUCCAUUACCUGCCAGGGAGCUAUCACGAGCCUCUCCAGUAUGCGAGCAGUUCCGAAAACUCGGUCGACUACUUUGAACGUCAACAGCUGUCCCACAGCCAUCUAAGCUCUGCCCCAGCAACUGCAACCUCAGCGUGGUAUUCAGCAGUUGAUAUGCACAACCUUAUCGCACCCGAAGACAUGGUUUCUUUGUUCUCACCGGACCGGGAAUGGUCACAGUCAGACAUAGAGCGUUUCUCGGAGCCGGUGCUAGGACAAAUCCCAGAGGGCUUUCCACUAUGGCGCCAGAACGAGCAAGGGCCUGAUAUGCGCAGGAUCCCAUCGGCGCAGAGCCAUUCUGACUUGGACUCGCACAGAGUACGCGGUGAGACCGGUCAUCACGGACCGGGCCCCGGUCUGCAUAACAGCGCCGCAGGAAUGCCGCAUUCGACGCUGCAGGGGGGGCACGUCAAUGCUUGCUGCAGCAGCAGGCUGUCAUCCCUAUCUUCAUCCAAAGUAUCCUCGUCGGCGGAGGAAACUAGCCCGUCUCCAGUAGCCGAACUGACCCGCCGAUUCGACUCCAUCCUAGAAACCAUGCGCACAUCGGGUUUCCACAACUUUGACGAGAUGGCAGUGGCUUACUAUACUGGCCGGUUCAGCACGGGAAGUGUCCCGUCAAUCAUGCAGUGUUCAAGCCGGGGCCGGCGCUUGAAAGUGAUACUGCAGAAACUUCACCAGGAUAGUCAGGAGUGGCCCAAGUGGGAGUCCAGGGGGCUCCAUGAGAGCAUGUCGACUGCAACUGCAUCACUUUGCGUCGAUGAAAUUGAACAAUUGGUCAAAGAAGACUUUCCAGCACAGGCUCGAGACAAACCAACAUGUAGUGGGACGACACUCGAUCAGCUUCUCUCAACAUAUGAUAUCGGAAAGGUCUUUUCCAGAAGCAAAGAACAGUCAUUAUCUCCCCUUACCUCCGAGGUGGCUCCAGAUAAGCUCGAGCCAGUGCAGGUUAUCUCGCCUACAUGA